AUGAAUCUCUUUCUUGUGUCAUUGGUGGUUCUGUUAUUUUUGGAUCUUUCCCUGCAAGAACACAGCAAAACUACAAAGUAAGUCUUCAUUUAAAUUUCCUUUCAAACAGAGCGAGCAGCCAUACGCUCUGACGAAGAGUUUACGCUGAAAACGCGUGAAAAGUGAACAACUUAUGCUCUACCCCAUUCGCACUAAACGAAAACAGGUUUCAUAGCUGUUUUGGCAAACACAGUUUGAAAUUGUACCCUUGAUAGAGGCUACUUACAACGCGGUUUAUCUACUUCCAAUUUAGCACGAAGAAAACAAAAAUUAGAGGUUACUUAGAUAUGUUUUGCUGGUGUUAUUUUCGUUGCGAUUUUUGUCCGUGAAUUUAUAACAUAGUGAUGCUUAACUAGGCAAAACGUAGUUCGCAAGUUAGAAAUGAUCAGAAUCGAAAGAAAUGAAGAAAUAGGAAUGGAAAACAAAGUUUUUGCUGUAAAGAGUCUUAACAGUUUAUCUACAAAUAAGAAAAUUAAAGAUCAAGUUCUUCAACCGCAGAGCAUAGAGUUCAAGAAAUGCUAUCUUCUAUGUAACGAAAAAACCAUGCCAUCUAACUAGAUAUUUGUUUCGUUUCAGGUCUGACAGUAUCAGGGAAAGCAGUUUUCUUCGACAGAGGGUAUGUGGAUGAUAAAAUGAUUAUGAUAAUUGUAAUAGUGUUAAGGCUGUAAAGUUAAUUUCACUAUCGGAAUGAUUUCAAUACACUUGCGUUUUGUGCCUAUUUUUUUUUUUGCUGGUAUGUGAUGAGUAUCAAUGGUUGCGAUUUUUUUACGUGCGUAUCAGGGUGGAUGCAUUUUUCACGUGAAUUUUUAAAAGGUAACGACAUGAUUACUUGUGAAAUUUGGUGUACAUCAGCUCUUGUAAAUUUUUUAAUGACUACCAAAAGCCAUUCACCUUACGGGCUCAAGCAAUUUUUUCGUCCUAGGAUAAUUUACUUUGUAGACAAAUUGCAAUCGAAAUCAUGUUGUUAUACGAAUAAAUUGUUAUGAUAACUUACAGUACGUGGAUUUUCUACCUGUUCGUGGCUUUUGUGAAGCCAGGCAGUAAAACAACGCACAAUGCACUUAUUUUCGCAAUCAUUUAUUUUUUAGAGUUACAAUUUGCUAUGGAGUAUUGUCAAGGAGGGAGGUUAUCGUGGACUGGCAGAGUGCCAAAAGUUAUUUCAGAACGAGAUUUGGAACUGCUCAUUGCACGACAAGAAUGUAUUUCAGAAGUUACCCAUCUUUUUUAAAAGAACUUUGCCCCACGGUAAGUUGAGUUUAUACUUUGUUUACACUGUAAGCAAUGCCCAUGCAGUACUUACGUAUUUAACAGCUUGAGAUUAAAUCUGACCUGGUCCGCGCCAUUUUUGCUAAGAAACGCCUCGAAUUUUCACCCGAGUUCUUGUAGAAGCUUUUUAAACGUCCUGUAGAGAAAAUUCAAAAUGUCUUUUUUAAUGCUCUGUUAUGAAGAAUUUAGAAUUCGGAAUUCCUUACCCAGUAAAAAUAGGCAUUUUCAACUUUUUUCUUGAAAUUAGAGACGUUGUAACACGUCAUGAAACACGCCGUCUAUGUGAAUCACACACACAUAUAUAUAUCAAAGCUGUCUAUUUAUAGAAUAUUUUGUGUUUCAUGACCGUGCUCUGUGGACGCUCUUCCUUACCCACUUCUCUUUUUCAUUGCAGCAACUCGAGAAACAGCUUUCCUUCACGCCAUCAGUGCAGCUGCUAUUACUCACGAACUCACUGUUCAGUGCAGACAGAACAGAAUACCCGGAUGCAGGUGCGGAAAAACAAGAAAACAACCAAAAGGAAAGAGCGACUGGCAGUGGGGAGGAUGCAGUGAUGACAUCAAGUUCGGAGAGAAAGAGACGAGACGGUUUAUUGACAGACUAGAGAAAGGAAAUGACGCUCGUACAGCGUUCAACCUGCACAAUAAUCAAGUAGGAAGAAAGGUAGGCUAUUUAUUAAUUUUUUUUCUGUUUCUUUAUCUGUAUAAAAAGGUUAACUCAAAUCUUGUUAUCAUCACUGUGCUAUGAUUGUAUGCCAAACCUCUUAUUUUUCAAAAAUUGAAGGAAAAGCAAAUUUAUUCGGGAUGUUUAUUGUCAUGAAAGCAACCGAGAAUUGAUGUUCCUUUUUUUCUUCAUCCAAUUUAGGUGGUCCGCUCAAAGCUGAGAAAAGAAUGUAGAUGCCAUGGCGUUACCGGAAGCUGUACCAUGAAAACCUGCUGGAAAGAACUGGCCCUUUUUAACGUGAUUGGACAGGAGCUAAAAAGAAAAUACCGUUCAGCCAUUCGGGUGUCAUUCAUUAAUAGCAAACUUCACAGACGAGACAACAACCGUGACAGACUGGUGACCAGGAAACAGAAGAAAUUGGUCUAUCUUAACUCGUCCCCAGACUUCUGCGUGCGUAAUUCGACCGCGGGCUUACCUGGAUUGCGAGGAAGGACAUGCGUAAGUGACCUUGAAUCCGAAGAAAAGUGCAGAUCGCUAUGUAAUUCUUGUAAUCUGCCACAUCGGACAGCAGAACGUCACAGGCAGGUCAAAUGUAGAUGUAAGUUCGUGUGGUGCUGUACUGUUAAAUGCGAAUUAUGUACCGAAAAGUAUUCCCUCACAACUUGUGGAUGA